AUGGGAGCCCUAUGCUGCCGCCCAGAGGAGGUCGAUUUCGAUGGGCCGGUCGACCUCUGGCACUUCUACCUGCUCCGGGCAGUCGGCAAGGGCGCCUUUGGCAAGGUGAGAGUAGUACAGCACAAGCAAACCAAGGCGCUUUACGCGCUCAAGUACAUCAACAAAGCACGAUGCGUGAAGCAGCACUCGGUCUCCAACAUCAUACAAGAACGUCGUCUGCUCGAGGAGAUCGACUCGCCCUUUGUUUGCAAUCUGCGUUACGCCUUUCAGGAUGACGAGAACCUGUUCAUGAUACUCGAUCUCAUGCUGGGAGGCGACCUCCGCUUUCAUCUCGACAGAAUGGUCUGCAUGCGCGAAGACGUUGUCAAGUUCUACGUGGCAGAGAUUGCGCUCGCUCUAGACUACCUCCACAAGAAAGGCAUCGUCCAUCGAGACAUCAAGCCAGAUAACAUAUUGCUCGACGAAAGAGGGCACGCUCAUUUGACCGACUUCAACAUCGCCGUACACUUUUCACAACGGCGAGCUCUCACAUCCAUAGCAGGCAGCAUGGCCUACAUGGCUCCCGAAGUUCUCACGAAGAAAGGCUAUACCUACACGCCUGAUUGGUGGUCACUUGGCAUACUGGCAUGGGAGACGCUCUUCGGCAAACGGCCCUACAGGGGCAAGACGAAUACGAGCUUGACAAAUUCUAUCCUCGAGGAGGAGUUGCGAGUGCCGGCGGAGGCGCCUCAAGCUGUCAGCCAAGAAGGUCUCGCGUGUGUCCGUGGGUUGCUGCAACGUGAUAUCAACAAGCGACUGGGCUGCGCAGCGAUGGGUGGUCUGCAAGGUCUGAAAGCACACCCUUGGUUCCGCGACUUUGACUGGCAGGCAGUCGAGAGCAAGUCUGCGACCGCGCCCUUUAUACCCGACUCCAAACGAGCCAAUUUCGAUGCGACCCACGAAUUAGAAGAGUUGCUCCUGGAAGACAAUCCGUUGAAAGCACGCAAGAGAGACCCCAAGCUGGAUGUCGAUUCGCUCUCGUCAGACAUGCGCAUGUUCGAAGAAGGCUUCACGCCGUUUGAUUGGACAAAGACGACACGAAAGUCGUGGUUCGAUGUAGAUGCGAUCGAUGCCAAAGCGGGAGCACCUGGCACGACAUCGACGGUGACGACAGGCAAGGGCAAGUUGCCGCUCACGGCGCAGCCUCACGCAGAGUACAAAGAGUCUGUGCCUCUCGACAAGUUAUGA